UAACUGAAGGAGGAAAAAAAGAAAAAAAGAAAAAAAGAAAAAAAUCUCCGCUCUGCAGCUUCGGAAUCGAAACGAAGGGGAAGGCGAAGAAGAAGAAGAAGAAGAAGACGAGGAGGGGAGGAAGGACUGGGCAGAGAGAGAAUGAACUAUCAUCAGCACCAUCAACAGCAGCAGCAGCAGCAGCAGCAGUCGUCGGGCGAGGGAAAGCACGAUGAUGACGCUGCCAUCACUGAGUUCCUCGCUUCAUUAAUGGAGUACACCCCCACUAUACCCGAUGAAUUGGUGGAACAUUACUUGGGCAAGAGCGGCUUCCAGUGCCCUGAUGUUCGAUUAAUUAGGCUGGUCGCUGUUGCGACACAGAAGUUUGUUGCAGAGGUUGCAAGUGAUGCUCUUCAGCACUGCAAGGCAAGGCAAGCAUCAGUUGUCAAAGACAAGCGGGAUAAGCAGCAAAAGGAUAAGCGCCUGAUUUUGACAAUGGAUGACCUCUCAAAAGCUCUCCGUGAGUAUGGCGUAAAUGUCAAACACCAGGAGUACUUUGCUGACAGUCCUUCGACUGGCUUAGAUCCUGCCACAAGAGAGGAAUGAAUAUGGAUUGGAUUUGCAGAGUGCUUAAAACAGCCAAAAACAUGGUGCUUCUGCAGUAGCUGAUCCUGCUUUAGGAGAUGUAUGAAAUGAGGGUUUCGGGCUUCCUUGACAUGUUCCUUAGAGUCCAUGGCUUACAGUUCUCGGGCGACUGGUUUCAUACAGGCUACUACUUUUAUCCCUCUCCUAUGUACUUGUUAGAUGGUAAUGAUACAAUUAUGUUCUUAUACUCUUCGAGAUGUGCAAAUGGGAACUUCCUAUCGAUGUCUCUGUUCAAGGCUCAAGCAGUUGUUUGUGUUUCUUGGGUUUUGAUCCUCUGCCAUUCUCAUUGUGUUGUACGGUUCACAUCUGAUAUGAUGAUGUAAUCCAUCAGAUUAUUUUGCUUUA